AUGACAAGGGAUAGUGUACCACAGAAAAUAAUCCCCAUGGUUAUGGCAUACUACCGCUCCACCACCGCGCGAGUCCUGACCAACAGCAACCUCUCAGAACCCCCCGCUAUUCGGUCUGACUUUCGACAAGGCUGUCUCCCGUCACCCAUCCUAGGUAACUACGCCAUUGACAGGAUUCUCAGAAAGACUCUACGCGAAGAUGACGGUAUUGAGCUUGCACUUGGACACGGGUUGAAUGUUCUUGACCAUGCCGAUGAUAUCCCUUUACUAGCGUCAAGCUUUGGCAGUCUACAGUCUAUGGUGUCACGGGUGAACGAGGUCAGUAAAUCGGUCGGUUUAUACAGAAACACUGGAAAGACCAAAAUGUUCUCAUGCUGCAUCCCUGCCCAAGAGAAGGCGCCCUUCGAAAUUAGUGGCUGUCAAUUGGAAGAUGUACACAGUUUCAAAUACAUAAGAAGACGACUUGAUCGCUAA